UUUAGCUUUUGCUUCGUAGAAAUACCCAACCGAGCGCACAACGCGAAAACCCUGCAACACGGCAGACUUUCCUGCGUCGGAUGCAAAGUGAUAUAUUGAACAAGAAAACGCAACGAAGGAAAUUGUAGUGCUAGCUAGUUGAAACACGGUACACAAAUGGUGAGGUGAAAAAUCUUUGUGCAGAUGCAGAGUAGUCCCGCUGCAGUCGUGUUUAGUGUCUGCUGGUCGUAGAAUUAUUAGAACCAUAGCAAAGCACAAGGAUAUUGCUGGUUGUUGUGUAUUUUUCCGAAUCGUCGACUGUAUACAUCACCGUUCGAAUUGCUUUGCAGUAAAAGAAAGCAAGAAAGUCGCACAAACGUAAAUAGUAAUUUACAAGACAAAAAUCAAACAUACAUGCACACACAUGCACACAUCGGUAGCAGACAAAGCGCAAUCAAACGAAGGAUUUGUUUUUUCCGUGGCGAUGGAACGAUUUAAUUAAAACUUAUACGUGAGAAGGUAGAGCAUUUGAGCUAACGCUCGCGAGAUAAGACUGAAACUGGUUUACGUGAAUUCUCGGAACGCGUAUUGCCGUGCUAUCUGCGUGUUCUUAGCGAGUCAACAAGAUUGUGCCACGGUCCCAGACGGUGGUGUUUUGGUCCGCGCAUCUAGCCGUAGUACUGCAAAGCCCAAUACUUUGUUGCGUCGUCUUAAAACAGACCAAACACAAAGACAAAAAGCAACCGGUGGACGCUGCCUAGACUCGAGACGUUCCGUAUCCUGGUUGUAUGUUACGCCUGGAAUCUUCAAGACGACGGCGACGAACAGGUCGAAAGGCAACCUGUACGACGUAAAGAGGCUGUGUAUGCGAGGAACAGAGAAUAAACUAGGUGGCUGUAGCAUACGCAAAAAGCACCAAAAAGAAACAGACACAAGUGAGCCAUCCGGGCAGGCGGUUGUGUAAAAAAGAAAGCCUGCUACGACCAGAGUGCACCCACACGUUGAACACAAAGCAGCAGGACGAAGCACCAAGGAUACCAUUGCGAAAGUCGGCGAACGAAGAGGAGAGUUGAGUGUUUUGUUUCGUUUUUUAAUUUCAAUUUGUGUGGAUGCAAUCGUUGCCAGACUUGGACACUAGACUAGCGGAACAUCAAUAAUCAUAAUAAUGAAUGGACUAAGCUUCGGUGAACUUUGCUGCCUGUUCUGCUGCCCGCCGUUUCCGGGGCGAAUAGCGGCCAAACUUGCCUUCCUGCCGCCGGAACCGACCUACAACCUGACGCCGAUCGACGAGUCGAAGGCGAAGUACCUGCUUAGCUUCAACGAGCGCGCCGAAUGGCCGUACUCGGAGCGCGAGAAGGAAAACAUCGAGGGCUUCUUCACGCGCACCUCCCGCGGCAACAAGCUGUCCUGCAUCUACGUGAAAUGCACCCCGAACGCCAAGUACACGCUCCUGUUCUCCCACGGCAACGCCGUCGACCUGGGCCAGAUGAGCAGCUUCUACCUGGGGCUGGGGUUGCGCAUCAACUGCAACAUCUUCAGCUACGACUACUCGGGCUACGGCAUGAGCGGGGGCAAGCCGUCGGAGAAGAACCUGUACGCCGACAUCGACGCGGCGUGGCACUCGCUGCGGACGCGGUUCGGCGUCAGCCCGGAGAACAUCAUACUGUACGGGCAGAGCAUCGGUACCGUGCCGACCGUCGACCUGGCGGCCCGGUACGAGGUUGGAGCUGUGAUCCUACACUCGCCCCUGAUGUCGGGGAUGAGGGUGGCCUUUCCCAACACGAAGCGGACUUGGUUUUUCGACGUUUUUCCCAGCAUUGAUAAGGUGUCCAAGAUAACAUCACCCGUAUUGGUGAUUCACGGCACGGAAGACGAAGUUAUAGAUUUUUCCCACGGUUUGAGCAUUUACGAAAAGUGUCCAAAGGCGGUAGAGCCGCUGUGGGUCGAGGGUGCUGGACACAACGAUGUGGAGCUGUACAAUCAGUACCUAGAUCGGCUAAAGAAAUUCAUCGCGAUCGAGCUGGGCAACUGACAAUUAAAGAAGGCUUCCUCUGCCGGUCAGCUGGCCUCAUCGUCCGGUGGCGGGGCGACGGCCGGUGCAGCGGCUACCAAAAGUCCCCAGCGAGCGUCGACCAAAGCAGCCGCGGCAGGAGGAAGUAACAAGCGUGGCGGUACCACGGAAGAAACGGCGACAGCUAGCGCCAGCACAGGCAGCAGCGGAGGCGGAAGCGGUUCUACUGCUACGACCGCCGGCGGAUCGGCAUCCGCCCGGAGCAGUGGAAGUGAAAAACUUUUAUAGCACUCGCUGCCAUCCGGGCCAACAACAGGCAGCAGCAGCACGAGUUACGGCUGCAGUUGUGGCAACAAAGCAGGAUCGGCAUCAUCUAGUCGGUCGGAACGA